AUGUCCAAGGGAAAAGUUUGUUUGGCUUAUUCUGGUGGUUUAGAUACCUCCGUAAUUUUGGCUUGGUUGCUAGACGAGGGUUAUGAGGUUGUGGCCUUUAUGGCCAACGUGGGCCAAGAAGAAGAUUUCAAGGCCGCUGAGGAAAAGGCCCUGAAGAUCGGUGCUAGCAAGUUUGUUUGUGUCGACUGCCGUGAAGACUUCGUGAAGGACAUUUUGUUUCCGGCCGUACAGGUUAACGCUGUGUACGAAGACGUGUACCUAUUAGGUACCUCUUUGGCAAGACCAAUUAUUGCGAAGGCGCAAAUUGACGUCGCUAAACAAGAGGGCUGUUUCGCCGUCUCCCACGGUUGUACGGGUAAAGGUAACGAUCAAAUUAGAUUCGAGUUGUCCUUCUACGCUCUGAAGCCGGACGUCGAAUGCAUUACUCCAUGGAGAAUGCCUGAAUUUUUCGAAAGAUUUGCCGGCAGAAAGGAUUUGUUGGACUAUGCUGCGCAGAAGGGCAUCCCAGUCGCUCAAACAAAGUCCAAGCCAUGGUCUACCGAUGAAAACCAAGCCCAUAUCUCUUACGAGGCAGGUAUUUUGGAAGACCCAGAUACCACCCCACCAAAGGACAUGUGGAAGUUGAUCGUGGACCCAAUGGAUGCUCCAGAUCAACCACAAGACUUGACUAUUGACUUCGAAUGUGGUCUCCCAGUCAAGUUGACGUACACCGAUCGCGAGACCUCCAAGGAAGUUUCCGUUACCAAGCCCUUGGACGUUUUCUUGGCGGCGUCCAAUCUGGCAAGAGCCAAUGGUGUUGGGAGAAUCGAUAUCGUCGAAGAUCGCUACAUCAACCUGAAAUCCAGAGGUUGUUAUGAACAGGCCCCAUUGACCGUGUUGAGAAGGGCCCAUGUCGAUUUGGAAGGUUUGACCCUCGACAAAGAAGUCCGUCAAUUAAGAGACUCGUUUGUCACACCAAACUACUCAAGAUUGGUAUAUAACGGUUCCUACUUCACCCCAGAAUGUGAAUACAUCAGAUCCAUGAUUCAGCCUUCCCAAAAUACUGUCAACGGUACUGUCAGAGUUAGAUUGUAUAAGGGCAAUGUCAUCGUUUUGGGUAGAUCCACAAAGACUGAAAAGUUGUACGACUCAACGGAAUCCUCCAUGGAUGAAUUGACCGGGUUCUUACCUACUGACACCACUGGUUUCAUCGCCAUCCAGGCCAUCAGAAUUAAGAAAUAUGGUGAAUCUAAAAAGAGCAAAGGCGAGGAAUUGACCUUGUAA